AUGGUAGCGCUACAAAGAAAUAUUUUAGACGAUUAUGAACAUCCAGCAUCCAUUUCGAAUUUGAUUAAACAUGACAAAUAUUUUUUACCUACCGAAGUAGCAAUACAUAAUAAAUCAAACGAUUGUUGGGUUUCUUAUAAUGACAACGUUUACGAUCUGACCGACUUAUGUAGAUUGUGGUUAGGUACACGAGCAAUAAAACCUAUAAUAGCACACGCAGGAAAAGAUAUCAGUCAUUGGUUCGAUCAUAAUCGAAAGGACAUUAAAUAUUACGUUCACCCUGUUACCGGUGUAUCAGUACCCUAUUGUCCACAUGGACCAAUACCGGAUAUAUCCGAUUGUGUAGUACCUUCCACUACUUGGCGACCGUUAAACAAAUGUCCAUGGUGGUUGGAAGACAAAUAUAAGUUAGGCAAACUCACCAAAAAUCCACGACCUUGUAGAAUUAUUAAUGUUCUUACUGGAACGAGUUGUGUUAUAAUGGUUUGCGAAGAGGAUACAAUUAAACGUAUUCAAGAACGAGCUUUAAUAUUUAAUGCAAACGGAAAAUCUUACUUGUGGAAAUUUGAAGGAAAAGAUAUCGAUCUUGAUUGUACUUUAACAGAGAAUAAUAUUCUGGACGAACGUGAACGCUUUGUAGCUUGUGGGCUUCCAGAGGAUUAUUAUAUUCCGAGUCUUAUGUGUUAUUACAUCGAUAAAGAUGAUUUAGGCAAAUGUCAGAUAAAAUGUAGGCGGGAUAAAAAUUAUAGACGAACAUAUCUAUAA